GUCAAUGACCUGAGGUAGUUUAUAUAUGGAAUGUCCAUCGUGAGAAAAACCGCUCAAGGUUGUUGGAAGAGAGGUGGUUUCAAUGUUAGGCUGACCUUUGCUUCGUAUCUUUCUGUUGUGUCUAACGUUUAUGAGAUAUGAUUGUGCCGACUCCUAGUUUCAAUAUCGUUUACCGCAUUCUACAUCUACUUUCUGUGCAUUCAUAUUCUACUGUGAAAUCGUCGCUCUAAUUAGCUGUUUGGUCAUUAUAUUUCUUUUCCCUUCUCCGUUAUAAAUGGCUAUAAAUACCGGAAAUACGAAAUUUCGAAUGGUGAAUGUUGACCAGUUGACUGAACCAACAUUUCAGGAUGAAUUAACGGAGGAUAUUAAACCGUCUAGGUUGAAUAUUUCUGAAAUCAAUAGUUUAAUCUCGAGUGGAAAGUCUACAGAUGCUAUUUUGAACAUAUUACAAAAUGCACCAAUUAAUUCAAAAGAUCAACAAACUAAGGAUACAGUAUUCAAAUUGAUGAUGCGUUUGCUAUCACAAUUUAAAUCCAACCAAAAUAUUGAUGAAUUUUUGUCAUCUAUGGAUCAAGAUAAAAUUGAUUUACUUAUGAAAUAUAUUUAUCGUGGAUUUGAACAACCACAAGAGAUAAGUUGUGCAACACUGUUGACAUGGCAUGAAAAGGUGUAUACUUACGGCAAAGCUGGUUCUAUUAUGCGUGUCCUUACUGAUCGUAAACGUGUUUAAUAACCGUGCCAUAUGUAUAUGUUUGUGCCCAUGAUUUCAUGUUAUAUUUUAUAUAUGUUAUCUUUUUACUGUGUAGUUACAUAGCAAGAUAUUAUUUGUACUUUCAUCAAAAUAAAACACGAAACACUAAGUGACAGUUUUGAAGUCAAUUUAUUGACCUUUUUUAAUGCUACUUUAUAUCAUAUUUUAUUUCAGUUUUGUUUUCAAGAUUUUUUCUUACUCGAUUAGAUAAUAUACAAAGGUUAAACGGAUUCAGCUGAAAUAUUUUUUAUUUGUCUUUAUUUGACUACUUUUUGCAAUGUGCAUAUUAUUAACAUAUUUAAUCUUUGUUGAUAGUUUCAGCGAAAAUUGUAAAACGUAUAAUUCUGAUUCAUCAAAAAUUCGUUCAGCAAUUCCUUUUUAA